UCGGCCACGUUAAUGUUGAGCGUGUUGUGUUUCAAAGUGUUAAGGAAGAUGCAGAGACGACACAGCAGCAUCACUGAUAACCUCCCUCCUGAAAGAAGCCGGAGUCAGACCAUCAGCUCUGAGACGAGUGUGGAUGAAGGUGGCGUCUUCGAAAGUCUCAAGACGGAAGCACCAUCUCCUCAACAGCUGUUUUCAGGACUGGGGGGCAUCCCGUCGGGCACAAUCACAGCCACCCCUUUCCAGUCGAGUUUGGUCCUUGGGUCCUCCGUAGGCGGUGGGGAGGUGUUCAUUCAGAUGCCGGCCCCGCGGGAAGAGGGGAGCAGCCGCACGGAAGGAGCACCUUACCACCACCGGCAGCCGCCCCACCACUACCACCACAGCCACCAGCGGGGAUCCUCCUUGCUGCACAUGGCCGGGGGGGACCGCCACGGACAUGCUGAGGAAGGCUCCGAAGACCAGCCUGGGACCCCAGCCCCUGCUCUUUCGGAGCUGAAAGCUGUGAUCUCCUGGCUGCAGAAGGGGCUUCCCUUCAUUAUGAUUCUCUUAGCUAAAGUGUGUUUCCAGCACAAGCUAGGAAUUGCUCUGUGCAUCGGCAUGGCCAGCACAUUUGCAUAUGCAAACUCAACUCUACGAGAACAAGUCUCUUUGAAGGAAAAGAGGUCUGUGCUGGUGGUUUUCUGGAUCCUGGUCUUUCUUGCAGGAAACACCUUGUACUUGCUUUAUACAUUCAGCUCACAGCAGCUGUACAACAGCCUCACCUUCCUGAAACCCAACCUGGAGAAACUGGAUUUCUUUGACCUGAUGUGGAUUGUGGGGAUCACCGACUUUGUGCUCAAAUACCUCACAAUUGCCUUGAAAUGCCUGGUGGUUGCCCUGCCGAAAUUCGUCCUUGCCAUCAAAUCGAAGGGGAAAUUCUAUUUGGUCAUUGAAGAACUGAGCCAGCUGUUCCGUUCCCUAAUCCCCAUCCAGUUGUGGUACAAAUACAUCAUGGGGGAUGACCCAUCCAGCAGCUAUUUCCUCGGGGGGAUUCUCCUUAUCUUGUACAGCCUCUGUAAAUCUUUCGACAUCUGUGGUCGUGUGGGAAGUGUAAGGAAAGCCUUGAAGGUCCUUUGCACUCCUCAGAACUAUGGCGUUCGUGCAACUAGCCAGCAGUGCAGCGAGGCUGGGGACAUCUGUGCCAUCUGCCAGGCUGAGUUCAGGGAACCGCUGAUCCUUCUUUGCCAGCAUGUUUUUUGUGAAGAGUGCCUUUGCCUUUGGUUUGACCGGGAGAAGACCUGUCCGCUUUGCCGUUCUGUGGCGGUGGAAACUCUGCGCUGCUGGAAAGAUGGCACCACUUCAGCUCAUUUUCAGGUUUACUAACUUCCGGUCCGUUGCAUGAAAUAAAAUAGCCAGAGCAACUCUCCUGGAGUCUGCCCCUAGCCAGUCUUACUCAGAGCCUUGGUGAAGAUAUCAAACAGUUAAAUUGCAUUCCUCUCAGAGCCCCUUUAUAUGUUCAUUUUAUACUGUGGUUAGUGUCCCUCGUGUCGCUUCCCUGAUAUAAACUUAUUGAUUUUUAUGUUUACUGUACUUCUGUGCUGCUAUUGUCAAAGUGGUACGCUACCACUGCGGUGUAAAUGUUUGUGUUCCCUCAGCUUUUGUUGUUUUGUUCUCUUCUCCUGUCAAUCAAGGUCUGUUUUCACUUCCAUGUUCAGCUUUUUUCAUCAGCUUUAACCCUUUCCUCAUUUCUUACGCUCUCCUUUCUUCCUCUCUCUGAUUUAAGAAUGAUCGUAUCACCUUAAAGGGUAGAGAGAAGAGGGAAGCAAUCCUCCCACAUUUCAACAUAUUGUAGGAGAAGGGUGUAAACAAACAAAAACUGGUAGAUGAAGAAUACAACUUUUUAAAAACCUGCAUGGAUCCAACUACUCCUACACAUCCUGGAGUAUGGUGUCUUGAUGGAGAAACAGGGUAUUUCAACCACAAUUUUAAAAAAAGUCAUACAUACACUUAUAUGAAUUCCUUUACCAAGCGAAAAUGAGCAGACCUGCGUAUCAGGCUGAAAGUGCAAAGUGGCUUGCAGGGACGUGUCUUGUUUGGAGAAUUGCACCCUCCCAGCCAGUUAGGUUGCAGGCGAGCUGCUUUCAGUAAGUUUAUUGGAAGCCUGUCCACAAAUACUGUUCCCUGCAUGGCAGUGGUGUUCACAUUGUUUCUACGCUGAUGUUCGAAGGGGGUGGCUGUGUUAAUAUUUAAUGUUUUUAAAUGUUUUUAAAUGUAUUAUUUAAUGUUUUUAAAUGUUUUUAAACAUGUUUGUAUUUGUUAUCCGCCCUGAGCCUGCGAAAGCAGGGAGGGCGGAAUAUAAAUAUAAUAAAUUAAAUUAAAUUAAAUUAAAUUAAGUCUGCUUUCACACAUGCUGAAUAAUGCACUUUCAGUGAACGUCGGUGAUCAUUUGCAAGUGGACCCUGUUUCAGACAGUAAAAUCCAGUUGCAAAGUGGACUGAAGAUGCACUGUUCGGCAUAUGUGAAAGCAACCUUGGCCUGUCUCAGCAAAAGCAACAGCAGUGUCUCACGGCACCUUAAAAGCUAACCUCUCUAUAUUGUGGUAGAAUGUUUUGUGAGCCGGAGCCCACUUCAUUGGAGGCAUGAAGUGUUAUUUUCUGGGGGCUAAUAAUAUACAUAUUGCCGGAUUUGUGCAAUCUGUUAAAUGUGACGUCUAAACACAGCCUGGUGUGGGCCACUCCCAACAGGUGAUGAAUCGGCAAAGCAAAAUGAAUUGUACGUAUACUUAUCCUUCUAACGGCACACAAUUACUUUCUGUAGUGAGCCAGCUAGUCACUGCUCAGUCCAAGUAUGAUGGUGUCAGAUCGUCAUCAGAAGAGGUGUUAAUGUUGCACCGUCUUCUGAGAAAACAGUAUUAUAUGCCAGGGCCUCAUUUAUCCCUUAAUGUGGCCGUCAAUGCUUUGCGGAAACGCCGUUGCUCAGUAUUAACUAAUGGGGAUGAAAUCUCCUUUUAAGCAGGUAGUAUUUUCCUUGGAUUCACAGAAAGUGUUUCCUUUUUAAAGAGGUUGUAGCUGAGGUCACUUAGGGCUAAUUCAGACAUUGCCCUUUCCAAGAUGGACACUAUUUCCUCUUUCUUAAGGAGCGCCAGUGUAGUGGCUACAGUGUUGGAUUUAACGCAGUGGCACAUGGGUUCAAAUCCAGUGCCAAAGCAUUGGGGAGGGGGUAAGAAUGGGUAAACCUUACCAGGACCUCAUGGGUCUGGAGAAGUGUAAAAAGAUACAGGCACAAAGCAUGGGCUGUUCAUUACUAACACUCAAAUGCUCUUAAUAGAUGCAUGGAUUCUUCCCUUCCUACAUACCUCAUUUACUCUUAUCUUUCUCUCACCAUUGUGUCUUCUUGCAACCCUCCCAAUAAUAAUCGUACAAAAACAUAGAACAUUGAGCUCUGGAUAAAGCAUACCCUCUGCAAACAUUUAUACAGAAUAAAUAUAUUGACUAAUAGAACUUAUUCUCAGUUCAAAAAGGAUGUUUGUGCCAUGGCUGUUCCUUUUUCUUAAAAAACUGUGCGUCAUCUUCAUUUGAAUUGCCUUCUCUAAAUGCCAAGAAAACUGGAAUUAUAAAUUGCUUCUAGCCAUAUUUAAAAACUUAAACUAGGUCCAAAAUGUUGCAAUAUGGGGUUGGGGGUAAAUAUGUAAUUUGCAGAGAUCAGUUGGAAUUUGUCUGUGACAUCAUUUCCUUGAUGCAAAAUAGUGGGUGGGUGGGCCUGAUAGCUGCAUGCAGGGUUCAUUUCAAGGGGGAACGCACAGGAAUGCAGUUCCAGCAGGUCCCCAAAGAGGUCACAUGUCAGGUGGCCCUGCCCACCUGACUCUCAGCCAUUUUGGGCCCGUUUCUUCCUGGAUUGGGGCCGAAACGGCCCAGAUCGGGCCUCUGACAGGUGGUGGACCACACUCCCACUCAGCAGCAGCCCGAUCCUGACCAUUUUGGGCCCCUUUGGGGGCAUUUUCAGCCCCUUUUUGCCAUUUUGGGCCCAGUUUCGGUCCUGAAUGGCCAGGAUUGGGUCCAAAGCAGCCAGGAUAGGUGAUGCCAGGGGGUGUGGCAUAUGCAAAUCAGUUAUGCUAAUGACACAAUUCGGUGAUGUCAAGGGGCGUGGCAUAUGCUAAUAUGUUAUGCUAAUAUGUUAUGCUAAUGAAUUCCUCCAGCUCUUUUUCUGUGAAAUGACCCCGGGCUGCAUGGAAUACAGGCAGCCCCAGUAUCAGGGAAAUCUUUGGGAAGUCCAGAUUGAAAGCAGCUGAGCUUGAAUGUGUCGCUGAUGCAGCAAGCAAUGUGCCUGUGAAAUUGUGCUUCUGUACAGUACUGGUUCUUCUUAGUCUGAUCAGAGAAAUGUGCUGAGGCAGGGAGCAGUUCACUGUGGUGGACCUCCUGUAUGUCGGAGA